AUGUCUCACCGGGAGCUGAAAGCCGGAGGCUCGCCCAAGGGCGCAGUGACGGGUUCAACGGGUUCGAGGAAGCCGACCGAGGAGCCGAGCAAGAAAAGCAAGCACGCGACAAAAACCAACUCAGCGCCUCAAGGUCCAGUGAGGAUUUUGGCGGCGUCCCUUCGGCGUCUCAACCGCAUACAGGUUCCCCGGGGCUUCGGCCGAGAAGACGCCGACCCCUGGGAGGAUAUCGUCGAGGCCACAAUGAUGACGGCGGAAAAAACCACCAAGCCCAUGGUGAAUGAAGGUUUUGUCCUUCAGAAAAAAACCGUUCAAGUGGAAGUCGUCGGCCCACCAAGUGUGUUGGAUGUGGAGAAAGCGACCGCCGUAUCUCACACUCGCCGGUCCGAGGAUGUUCGUCCUACCCGAUCCAUCGUUGAAGUGGAAGCCACUAAACAAAACGCUUGUCCUAACGUCGAGGCCUCGAAAGGAAAGUUUCUCACCACGCUCAAUAUUCGCAGAAAGAAGUCAAUGGUUGACAUCGAAGCCAAAAGGAAGGCCCUUAGCGACAUGCGCAGUCGGAAGUCCAUCACCGAAUACGAGUCCAGACCAGGCCGACUGUUUAACCUUGGGCUCGGUGGAGCAAGCUUAAGGAGGACAGCGCCGUCAACACACGAGGAAGCGUCGGCACGGCGUCGAGAUCAGCUGGUGCUGGCAGUGGCCGUGUUUUUAUCUGUGCUGCUGGCGUGCGCCCUGGCUGUUCUGCUCUUCUUGGGACACGUCAAGAAGGUCGGAUACUGUAUCACGGACGCAUGCAUCGAGCACGCCAAGAGACUCUCGGCCACGAUAAACACCAGCCACGACCCAUGCGUCGACUUCUACGCUUUCGUUUGCGACGGUUGGCAAAAGAAUUUUCCCGACAUAUCUGUACAGGGCAAACUAAACCAAGACGCCACGACAGACACGAUCAAAGAACUCGAAGCCGACAUUUGGAAAUUCGGAAGGCCGAGCCGAAUGUACGGCAAGUGUCUGGAGCCGCAACACAGCGAUAUUUAUCACAACAUUUUCUGGCUCAACACUUUCAUGCAGGCUGUCAACCUGGAUUGGCCCUCUAGACAACCCGAUGCCUCUAAAACACGUCCGCUCGAAGUUAUGAUCAAUAUGGCGGCCAAUUACGACUUGAAUUUUCUGUUCAGGCUAGAGAUCGCUACCAAUGCAAGUACGGGCAACGUCCUAAUAUUCCGGAGGCGUUACAACGGCGUAAUCUGGAGUGAUCGUGUCCAGAAUCCAAUGACGUUGGUGGACUACGCGCGACUGGCCAGUGAACAACUCAAGGAAUUACAGCUAGUAGAAUACGUCGACUACGAGCCCUCUCUGCUGCAGAAGUUGGAGAAGUCAUUCACCUACGUCAACAGCCAAGAAUUUCAAGGCGAGCAGACGUGGUUUGUCCUAGGAGACCUUGACCCCCGGACUGAGAGCAUAGAACCUGGACUGUGGCUAAAGGGCCUCAAUAACGCAUACAGCAACCAAGGCCUCUCUUGGGUAACGGAUAACUUCGUGGUUCUCGACGAUCCGGAGAUCUUGAAAAGAAUCGACGCUCUCUUUCGCGAGUAUAGCGAAGCCGAGCUGCUUAUCGGAAUUGCCUGGAUGUUCAUCCAGUCUCACAUUUGGGUGGCUAUCGGAAAGCCGGGACUCAUGUUCCUGGACAACAUCGACAAGAAGAAGCAACUUGCGUGCCUGGAAUUUGUGAACGCUCGCUUCGCGCUUCUCGCUUCCAGCAACCACAUAACGCACCUUUACCGCACGCCGGAUAUACGUCUUGAAUUCGUGAAGUUUACGGAAUAUCUCCGAGCAGAGUUCAACAAUAUCAUGAAAAAGACAGUUUGGGUCGACCGCGAGAUAAGGGAAACGGCGGCGCGCAAGAUAGACAGGAUACUUCUGAACGCGUUGCCCCCCGAGCAUUUCUUCCUGCAGAGGGAGACGCUUUACGGCUUGUUUCCUGGCAUCAACCAGGCGGCGUUCAUGGAGAUCUGGCUGAACAGUUCGAGCGUCUACCAACGCCUGCAAUCGAGCGAGCGCUUUCACGACGUCUACAAGAAGCAGCGCACGUUUCGCCGCCAAGCGUACGCUUACACGUACCUUCUGAACGCGGUCGACGCUGCUCUGGUGGCGUUGGAACCACCGCUCUACUACCCGGGAGGAACGUUCGCCAUGAACUACGCCAGCGCGGGGACGCUAAUCAUGAGAGAGAUGGUCAAGAGCAUCGAUCUCGGAGGCACUACGAUUGAUGACCGCGGAGAGAGCAUUCACUGGUGGGGCAAGUCCGAGUCGGCCGAGUACAAUAGUCGCCUCAGCUGCGAUCUCGGAACGGAACCUGGCCAGCCACCGAUGAGUGUUCUCCCCGCGAUACCGGCCCUCGAAGUGUCCUACUCGGCGUUCAAGGCUGCCGCCGAGCACGAGGUAAGCACGGCCGGUGGUGUGGAGGACUUGAGACUUCAGGGCUUGGAAGCCUUUGUCGACAAGCAAAUAUUUUUCAUGAGCUACUGCUACGUGCUAUGCGGCAAGAAAGACGACGCCGACCAGCGACGAGAGUGCAACGUGCCCCUGCGGCAUUCUUCUUUCUUCGCUGACGUCUUCAAGUGCCGUAAAGGGUCGCCCAUGAAUGUCCCUCACAAGUGUUCAUUCUUUUUCUGA